AGAAACCCAGAGAGAUCCCAGUGAAAGUUAAAUAUACAGACGAAAAGAAAAGGAGGGAGAGAGAGCACACAAGCCCUCCCUUAACCUUGUCAGGACGUUAGUAGUCAGAACCAGUGGUUCCUGCCUUAGUUUCCCUCCUAGAUUUGCAGGCCUCUGCUGGAUUGUGUCCCCAGGGCCUGGCGCCCUGCUUGGUUUUGCCAGUUCUCUCCCUUGGGCAGGGGACAGUUGCCCUCUUCCCCCCAGGGCAUGCCAGCUCAGGGCCCUCCCACCCAGAAGGCCCAGACAACUACGCAGGCAGGUCCCUGGGAGAAGAUCCCUCUCCCCAGCUGGUCCUCAUUCCUGCAAUAACAAUCGGCCCCUGCCUCUACUGGCUCUGGGCUCAGGGCCCCCAGGUUGGGUAGGGGUUGGGGCUGGAGGUGGAGGUAGAGACAGGAAUGUUACCAUUCUGCAGGCCACACAGAGCCUGCUUGCCCCAGACUCUGAGGAGGGGUGAAAGUCAGAGAGGGGAGAAGCUCUAAGGGGCUGAGGGGGCUUCCCGCCUCCACAGAACCCAACCUGAAUGCCCAGAGUACUGUAUCAGCUUGGUUAUUUCCCAAUCCCCUGGGAGCCGUGGGGGAGGGGGCCCAGAGAGCUGGGAGGAAAAAGGACUGGGAAGUAGCCAAAGCCACAGAAUUCCCCUGGGUCCUAGAGAAGGGUGGGUUCCUUCCACCCCCAACCCCAUUAGUCCCUCCAAAAGGCUCUGACCUCACCUCCCCCACUUCCGGAGUGGAGUUCCAGCCCUGAAGAAACACUUCCAAACCCAUGGCUCUGGCCCCCUCCUCAGGCCCCUUCCUCAGCUGCCUCGGCCCUGGGGACUGGGUCCCCCGCCCCACCGUUGCACCAGAUGUGGCUGCGGGGGAGGGGUAGGCACGGGGCCCAGCUGGCAGUGGUCACUUGGUGGUCCUCUCCCUGCAGAGUCAGCGCUUUCUGUGCCAGCUCGCCCAGCCUCCUCACUCAGCACUUCCUCCAGCCCACUUUCCAGAGGCAGCAGCUGCCUGGGUUGGGUCUUGGAUUCCCAGUGCUGCCCAAAACCCAUCUACAGUGCAGCCUGGAAGAUGGAGGGCUUAGGUGCCCCGGGGCCUGCCCUCAUGGCUUCCCCACUACCACAGAAAAUUCCGACCCUCAAUGGGCCUCCUAGUACUUUCCUCUGCAAAGCAAGUGAGGAAUCCCACAGCUCCUGACCCCUCUCUGCUCCCUAGACCUGCUGCUGGUCAGGCCUGCUGCUUCCUGGCUCCCCCAUGGACUUCCCAGAACCCGGCCUUCCAUUGACAGGGUCACGGGACCCUGGCUGCUCCGUGGGAGCCCCAGCAACACAGAGCUGAGCAUGCGGUAGGGGCUUAAUAAAGUCGUGCCCGAUCAACAGGCUCUUUCAUCCUUCUAUUACCACCCCUCUGAGGGUCCCUUGACACUGGUUCCUAGUGCCAAGAACUGGCAACAAGCCUCAAGCACAUGCCUGGGUCUUAAAAAUGUGGGUGUGAAUCCCAGCCUGUAGGGACAGGCAGAGAGAGCUGCCCUUCCCCCCAGACAGCUCUGGCUCAGCUCAGCCUUUGAGUCCACGCCCUCAUUUGACCCCAGCUCUGCACCCUCCAUAGCCUGCCCAGGUCUCUUUUAGGACCCCACCCUGCAGGUUUCAACCUAAGGAUGCCAGGACACCUCCAGCCACCGAGGCAAGGCCUUGCUCAGCAUGAGGAGAGGUGAAGGUAGGCAGGCUCCCCUGGGCUCACAGAGCUGCUGGGCCUGUCAGCCACUGCAGGAGACCUAAACCCAAGCAGAAUGAGGUCAGAGGGAGGGAGUAGAGAGGAAGGGAAAGGACAGCUCUGGUGGAGGGGCCACCUCUGGCCCACCUGCACAAGGUUCACCCUGGGCAAGGAAAGAUGCUGAAGACAGAUAAAAACAGGAAAGACAGAGGAAGUGGGAAUGGGGGUCAACCCCAAGAGAUACACCCCUCCCUUCUCUCACAAGUCAAGAGGAAAGAAAGAAAAUAGUGGCCACAUGUCUGGCUCUGUGCUGGGGACUUUUCAAAAUCCUCUCAUUCCAUCCUCCCAAAUAUGCCACAAGAAAGGUAUGAUUACCCCCAGGUCACAGACGGGACUCUGAAGCUCUGAGAGCUUAAAAACCUUCCCUGGGGAGUGGCUGGGCCAGGCCAGGUCCCCCGCUUAAGUCACGGUGUGGAUCCUGGGUCUCCAUCUCAGCAGGGAUGGCUGGCAGGAGCGCCGUCCUGGCCAGGGAAGUCUGUGCAGAGGCCCAAGCUAUGUUCAGAGCAGAGUUUAUUCAAAUAGAGCCUAACAGGAAACUUGGCUCCUCUGACUCACUCUGAUUCGACCUUAUUAAGAAAAAAGAGAGAGGAGCAGGAGCCAGCAUCGGGUAAGGUUUCACGCCAAGAGCUGGCUCCGAGGCCCGCUGAGUGGAAUGGCCUGUGCCCUGAUCCCCCCACACCCAAAGCCUUGAGGCAGUCCCUACUCUGCUGUCUGAGUCAAGGCGAGGGGUUCUGCCUUCAUUUUAGGGCAACUGAGUUCCCUUCCUCACAGUCAUCCUCUAUCCUCCCUCCACUCCUCUUCCCUUCCCUCCCUGCCUAGGGGUACCCUGAGGCCUGUUUCCACUUCUCCCCCUCCUCUGCUGCCGCAGCUGCCCAUCUGGCUGGCGGGAGGGCCCUACAGGACCCCAGGGAUUCCAAGCAGCUGAGGCCAACACUGCAGGGGGCAAGCAGGAGGGAGGGAAGGCUUAACCCUCCAGGUCCCGGCCCUUAGUGAGUCCUGCCUCAGCAUCUUGCUUGGUGUCAGUCACACCAAUGGCUCUUUGGAGGAAUCUUUUCUGGAGUCUGAGAUGGAAACCCCACGCUAGGGAGCUGAGGUGUGAGCGUUGACAGGUUGCUGGCCAGGAGAUAUUGGAAGCCCCUGACCUCUGGGCUGAAUUCCGGGCAUUUAAAGGGUAGAGACAUGCCAGAGUCCAAGCCUCAGUCCUGAAGAACAGUGCAAUGGGUGAACAAAUGCUGCCUGGCAAGGAUGGGGUUGGGAGGUCUACAGUUCCCGAAGAAUGUCCACCCUAGUUACCUCCUCCCUAGGUGGGCUCCAGGCAUUUCCAAAAUAAGAAGGAAUAUACAGGGGCCAAAUUAAGGGCAGGUCCUUCAUACCUUGUUUAUAAGCCCAAGAGGGCAAUUUCUGCCCUUCGGUUCCCAGGAAUAUGGUUGGAGAAGGCAGCCCAGGGGAGGCCGGAAGAGCAGUAUUUGGAGUGUGAAGUGUUCAAAUUUCUGGGACCCCCUCCUAUCCCUGCCAUUCCCAGAAGGAACAGAGAAUCACCCAAAGCACUCCCAGGAGUGGCCUAAUCUUCCAUUGGUGAGAUGUGGCAGCUGGAUGAGAUAGAGUAAGGGACUGAGCCACACAGCAACAGGACCAGGCCAGUUCUCCGGAACCACCCUUCUGUUGUUCUAUGCUUACAGGCUUCUCUGUCUCACAGUGACCCCUGUCCCAUAUCAAAGACAGCCCCUGGUUUUGUUUUAUCCAUGUGUACACUCAAGUUAUUCUCAGGCUAUGCAGAGUCAAGAGAUGCAGGACAGAAACCAUACGUGAUGUUUGGGAAGUUGCCCUCUCCGAGGAUCUCACAAGUGCUAUUCAGCCCAGGGAUACACCCCACUCUUCAGACUGGGAAAGUAAGCCCCUGAGGUGUGCCACGAGGGAAAAGCAGCAGCUCCAGUGCCUCUCUACACAGGUCCAAGAGCUGCGGUGCACCUGAGGCCUGGAAUUAGAGAGUGGUCCCUGUUCAGCAUCUCCCCGAGGAGGCCCACAAACAAAGAGGGUGUGUGGUUUUUUUUUUUUUUUCUUAUUGAGGGUGUGGGAUAAUGGCGGAAGGAACAUACAAAGAGGGUGUCUCUUAAUUAGCAUUGGCUCUAGGGAACAAGGAAAAGGGAAAACUCGGGAGUACUGGGAGGAGGCUGGAGCAGACAGGAGUCAGAGGCCCAUUCCAGCCCAAAGGAGAAGGCAGUGAGCAAGGUGGAGACCAGGGAUGCUGUGUCCAAAGCAGAGAGGAAUGGGCGGGGUGGUGCUGACACUCCAGCCCUGUUCUGCCUGCCAGAGCCCCACUUACCAGGCCCGAGUCCCCAGAGGUCCUCUCCUACUCCCUGCUCGAUUCCCUUCCUCAGAGGCAGGUCUGUGGCUUGGCUGGGAACUCCAGGGACGGAGGGAGCACUGCAGCUGUAGGACCGGCACAUAGCUAAAAGCCGGCGGGCCAUAGGGCCCCGCGGAGGAGGCCCCAGCAGGCGGACCAAGAGGCCGAAGCCUCCCGACGCUCCCAGCCUGUUGCUUAUUCAUUCAGAGUGGGAAAGCGCCAGCCGAGCGGCCAGCCAGUGCGGGGCUGGCCAUGUAAGGCCCACAGGCGGUCCUGCCCGCCCGGUGCCCUGCGGAGAGCCUCGUGCAGCCCUGGGCACCGCCCCUGCCCUGCCCUGACCCCUUGGCCUCGAAAUGCUGUCAUCGGAGGAGCCGUCCCGCUCGGGACAAGGCCAGCAUGGACAAAGCUAGAGCUGGGGCAAGCAAGGAGCCUUCCUGUCCUCGAGGCCGUGGGAAGAGAAGCACGCCCAGGGGGCCACUCCUGAGAGCCUCUCUGUCCACCAGGCCUCUGCAGAGGGGUCACCAUGGCUCUGGCCCGAGGCAGCCAGCAGCUGGGGGCCCUGGUGUGGGGCGCCUGCCUGUGCGUGAUGGUGCACGGGCAGCAGGCGCAGCCCGGGCAGGGCUCGGACCCCGGGCGCUGGCGGCAGCUGAUCCAGUGGGAGAACAACGGGCAGGUGUACAGCUUGCUCAACUCGGGUUCAGAGUACGUGCCGGCCGGGCCUCAGCGCUCCGAGAGUAGCUCCCGGGUGCUGCUGGCCGGCGCGCCCCAGGCCCAGCAGCGACGCAGCCACGGGAGCCCCCGGCGUCGGCAGGCGCCGUCCCUGCCCCUGCCGGGGCGCGUGGGCUCGGACACCGUGCGCGGCCAGGCGCGGCACCCAUUUGGCUUCGGCCAGGUGCCCGACAACUGGCGCGAGGUGGCCGUCGGGGACAGCACGGGCAUGGCCCGGGCCCGCACCUCCGUCUCCCAGCAACGGCACGGGGGCUCCGCCUCCUCGGUCUCGGCUUCGGCCUUCGCCAGCACCUACCGCCAGCCGCCCUCCUAUCCGCAGCAGUUCCCCUACCCGCAGGCGCCCUUCGUCAGCCAGUACGAGAACUACGACCCCGCGUCGCGGACCUACGACCAGGGUUUCGUGUACUACCGGCCCGCGGGCGGCGGCAUGGGCGCGGGGGCGGCGGCCGUGGCCUCCGCAGGAGUCAUCUACCCCUACCAGCCCCGGGCGCGCUACGAGGAGUACGGCGGCGGCGAGGAGCUGCCCGAGUACCCGCCGCAGGGCUUCUACCCAGCCCCCGAGAGGCCCUAUGUGCCGCCGCCGCCGCCGCCACCGCCCCCCGACGGCCUGGACCGCCGCUACUCGCACAGCCUGUACAGCGAGGGCACCACCGGCUUCGAGCAGGCCUACCCCGACCCCGGCCCCGAGGCGCCGCAGGCCUACGGCGGAGACCCGCGCCUGGGCUGGUACCCGCCCUACGCCAACCCGCCGCCCGAGGCGUACGGGCCGCCUCGCGCGCUGGAGCCGCCCUACCUGCCGGUGCGCAGCUCCGACACGCCCCCGUCGGGUGGGGAGCGGAACGGCGCGCAGCAGGGCCGCCUCAGCGUGGGCAGCGUGUACCGGCCCAACCAGAACGGCCGCGGUCUCCCUGACUUGGUCCCAGACCCCAACUAUGUGCAAGCAUCCACUUAUGUGCAGAGAGCCCACCUGUACUCCCUGCGCUGUGCUGCGGAGGAGAAGUGUCUGGCCAGCACAGCCUAUGCCCCUGAGGCCACCGACUACGAUGUGCGGGUGCUGCUGCGCUUCCCCCAGCGUGUGAAGAACCAGGGCACAGCGGAUUUCCUCCCCAACCGGCCACGGCACACCUGGGAGUGGCACAGCUGCCACCAACAUUACCACAGCAUGGACGAGUUCAGCCACUACGACCUACUGGAUGCAGCCACAGGCAAGAAGGUGGCUGAGGGCCACAAGGCCAGUUUCUGCCUGGAGGACAGCACCUGUGACUUCGGCAACCUCAAGCGCUAUGCAUGCACCUCUCAUACCCAGGGCCUGAGCCCAGGCUGCUAUGACACCUACAACGCAGAUAUCGACUGCCAGUGGAUUGACAUAACCGAUGUGCAGCCUGGGAACUACAUCCUCAAGGUGCACGUGAACCCAAAGUAUAUUGUUUUAGAGUCUGACUUCACCAACAACGUGGUGAGAUGCAACAUUCACUACACAGGUCGCUACGUUUCUACAACAAACUGCAAAAUUGUCCAAUCCUGAUCUCUGGGAGAGACAGAUGGCCAAUCUCUCCCCUUCUAAAACAGGCCCUGCUCCCCUGGCAGCCUCCCGCCGAGGGGCCCAGUCCCCCAACCCACCGGCAGGGGCAUCCCUCCCUGCCGGCCUCAGGGAGCGAACGUGGAUGGAAACCACAGGGAUUCCGGAUGCCAGACCCCAAUUUAUACUUCACUUUUCUCUACAGCGUUGUUUUGUUGUUGUUGGUUUUUAUUUUUUAUACUUUGGCCAUACCACAGAGCUAGAUUGCCCAGGUCUGGGCUGAAUAAAACAAGGUUUUUCUA